AUGGUGGUCGACCGGCUCAAGGGCCACGUUUUUGUGAACCAGUACCUGCUGAUACGCGACCUGGGGCGCGGCGCGCACGGCGCAGUCAAGCUGGUUUACAGCACGGAAGAUGACACUGUCUAUGCCAUGAAAGUCGUCCACCGGCGGCGGGGCCUGCACCCAGGCCGCAACCGCACCAUGAGCAUGAGCCUCGACUUGCCCGGGCUGUCCGGCGCGUGGGCGCCGCUGGCGGCGGCCAGCGGCGGGUCCGGCCCGGUGGCGGCGCUGGCGGCGGGCCAGAGCUUCAGCAGCAAUUGGGCGGCCGCAGCGGCGGGAGCCGCGCUGCCGCGCGCCGGCUCGGGCGGGAGCUCCAGCUUCGCUUCGCCUUCCGUCACGCCCCGCGCGCUGAGCGCCGCGCCGAGCCGCGCGGCGCCGUCGCUGCUGUCCGGCACAGCGGCCGCGAGCCGGGCCGCGUCGCUGGUGGCGGCGCAGGUCUUGCAGCGGACGCACCAGCAGCAGCAGCAGCAGCAGCAGCAGCAGCAGCAGCAGCAGCAGCAGCAGCAAGUCUGGGUCAAGAUUUCGCAGGGCCGCGGCGAGCAGCAGCAGCCGCUGCCGCAACAGCAACAGCAGCAGCAGCACCACCACCACCCGCCGCCGCUGCAGCAACAUCAACAAGUGCCACUGCAGCAGCCGCAGCAGCAGCAGCAACCGCCGUCGCACCAGCCGCAGCAGCCAGCCCCCCUUCCAACAAUGCUGUCUUCGCUGCCCGACCCUGCGCUCACCGAUCUGGUGCGGGAGAUGGCGGUGAUGAAGCGCCUCAACCACCCCAACGUGGUCAAACUACGCGAGGUCGUGUUUGACCCACUGGACCCGAAGCUGAUUAUAAUGGUGAUGGAGUACCUGCCAGGGGGGACGCUGCUGGCGCCAGCGACAGGGCUCGUGGCCGCAGGGGCCGGCGGGGCCGGCGGGGCCGGCUUUGGCGGUGGCGGGGACGCGGCCGGGGGUGUGCGUGGCCGGGUGGUGACUGAGCCGCUGCCCGAAGCGCUGGCCAGGAGUUACUUCAGGUGA